AUGUUGCAUGGACCUUUUCGAGUGGCUGAGAAGUGCGGCGAUCAUGCAGUAAAGUUGGACAUCGCAGGCACGCCGUACAGACUAUUCCCGAUAAUCCACGUAUCUAAGCUGAAGCUAGUUCGCGUAUUCCCGGAACGUCCAACAGGCAGUUUGAUUGUGGAGGAGGCAAGUCGAUUGGAUUUUGAUGAAGCACUGCUGCCGGAAGAUAGCUGGGAGGGUAACCUAGAAGCGGAAGAGUUUGAAAUCGACAAGAUCGUUGAUGUGCGCUCAGGACGGAAGACGAGAUAUGGCCGAAUCCAUAAGCAGUACCUAGUACAGUGGAAGGAAUACGACGAUCCAACCUGA